CCGCGCGCUCUUCACGAGAGACGCAUACCCGCUGACGUCACUGAACUGCAUGUGCCUGAUGGAUCAAACAUCAUAAACUCUGCAGUUUAUAACACGCACAAACAUCAGUGCAUAUAUGUUCAUAAGUGUAUGUACACAUUAAGUGUGUGUACCCGCGGCAGUCAUGGUUAAGGAUCAGUUCAGAGAGACGGAUGUGGCCAAAAAAAUAAGUCACAUCUGCUUUGGUAUAAAGUCAUCAGAGCAGAUGCGACAGCAGGCUCAUAUUCAGGUGGUCAGUAAGAAUCUCUACAGUCAGGACACGAGCCACACGCCGCUUUCAUAUGGAGUCCUGGACCACCGCAUGGGUACCAGUGAGAAGGACCGACCCUGUGAAACAUGUGGAAAGAAUUUGGCCGACUGUCUGGGUCACUACGGAUAUCUGGAUCUGGAACUUCCAUGUUUUCACAUCGGAUACUUCAAAGCCAUCAUAGGAAUCCUGCAGAUGAUUUGUAAGACGUGUUCACACAUUCUUCUGUCUAAAGAAGAAAAACUUCAGUUUCUGGAUUAUUUGCGAAAACCUGGUCUGGUUUACCUGCAGAAGCGCGGUCUAAAGAAGAAAAUCUCAGACAAAUGCAGGAAGAAAACAACAUGCUUUUACUGUAACGCCUUUAACGGCCCUGUGAAGAAAUGUGGUUUACUGAAGAUCAUUCAUGAAAAGUAUAAAACCACAAAGAAGGUGAUCGAUCCGAUGGUGUCUGAUUUUCUCCAGUCGUUCGAUGUCGCCAUUGAACACAAUAAAGAGGUGGAGUCGCUGUUGACGAGAGCACAGGAAAACCUCAAUCCUCUGAUUGUGCUAAAUCUUUUCCGGAGGAUUCCGAAUGAGGAUGUUCCUCUUCUCCUGAUGAAUCCUGAAUCGGGCAAACCUGCUGACCUCAUCCUGACACGCCUUCUAGUCCCGCCCCUCUGUAUCCGCCCCUCGGUCGUGAGUGACCUUAAAUCAGGAACCAAUGAGGAUGAUCUGACCAUGAAACUGACGGAAAUCAUCUUCCUCAAUGAUGUCAUCAAGAAGCAUCGUAUGUCUGGAGCUAAAACGCAGAUGAUCAUGGAGGAUUGGGACUUCUUGCAGCUUCAGUGUGCCCUUUACAUCAACAGCGAGCUGUCGGGCAUCCCGCUCAACAUGGCACCAAAAAAAUGGACCCGCGGCUUUGUGCAGAGACUCAAGGGAAAACAGGGGAGAUUUCGUGGUAACCUGUCUGGAAAGCGUGUGGAUUUUUCAGGCAGAACGGUCAUCUCUCCCGACCCCAACCUGAGAAUCGAUGAGGUCGCCGUACCGGUCCAUGUCGCCAAAAUCCUGACCUACCCGGAGAAGGUGAAUAAAGCCAACAUUGAGUUAAUGAGGAAACUCGUCCGUAAUGGGCCUGAUGUUCAUCCAGGAGCAAAUUUCAUCCAGCAGAGACACAUGCAGAUGAAGAGGUUUUUAAAGUACGGUAACAGAGAGAAGAUGGCACAGGAGCUGAAAUACGGCGAUGUGGUUGAGAGACACAUGAUCGAUGGAGAUAUUGUCCUGUUUAACCGGCAGCCGUCUCUGCACAAGCUCAGUAUCAUGGCUCAUAUCGCGCGUGUGAAACCUCACCGGACGUUCAGAUUUAACGAAUGCGUAUGCACGCCCUAUAAUGCUGACUUUGAUGGAGAUGAGAUGAACCUUCACCUGCCGCAGACCGAGGAGGCUAAAGCAGAAGCGCUCGUGCUCAUGGGGACAAAGGCCAAUCUGGUGACCCCGAGAAACGGUGAACCCCUGAUUGCGGCCAUUCAAGACUUCCUGACGGGGGCUUAUCUGCUCACACUUAAAGACACCUUCUUUGACCGAACCAAAACCUGUCAGAUCGUCGCCUCCAUCCUGGUGGGGAAAGAUGAAAAAAUCAAAAUUGCUCUCCCUCGUCCUGCUAUUCUCAAGCCGAUCAGGCUGUGGACCGGGAAACAGAUCUUCAGUUUGAUUCUGAAGCCCAGUAAGACGUGUCCGGUGAAGGCCAACCUGCGUACUAAAGGCAAACAGUACUGCGGUAAAGGAGAAGAUCUGUGUCCUAAUGAUUCAUUCGUUGUGAUCCAGAACAGCGAGUUGAUGUGUGGCAGUUUGGAUAAAGGAACUCUGGGAUCCGGAUCUAAGAACAACAUCUUCUACAUUCUGUUGAGAGAUUGGGGUCAACUGGUGGCGGCAGAUGCAAUGUCACGCUUGGCACGUCUGGCUCCUGUUUACCUCUCGAAUCGAGGGUUUUCUAUCGGGAUCGGUGACGUGACGCCGGGUCAGGGUUUGUUGAAGGCCAAGCAGGAGCUUCUGGAUGCCGGUUAUAAGAAAUGUGACGAGUACAUUGAAGCUCUGAAGACGGGCAGAUUACAGCAGCAGCCGGGCUGUACCGCAGAGGAAACGCUCGAGGCGUUGAUCCUGAAAGAGUUGUCUGUGAUUAGAGAUCAUGCUGGCAGUGCUUGUCUGAGGGAACUGGAUAAGAGCAACAGUCCACUUAUCAUGGCUCUGUGUGGAUCUAAAGGUUCAUUUAUUAAUAUCUCUCAGAUGAUUGCUUGUGUCGGGCAGCAGGCCAUCAGUGGUUCACGUGUACCUGAUGGAUUUGAAAAUCGUUCUCUGCCUCACUUCCAGAAGCACUCAAAACUCCCUGCAGCAAAAGGCUUUGUAGCUGACAGCUUUUAUUCGGGUUUGACGCCCACUGAGUUCUUCUUUCACACUAUGGCCGGAAGAGAAGGUCUGGUGGAUACCGCGGUAAAGACAGCUGAGACGGGAUACAUGCAGAGACGUCUGGUAAAGUCUUUAGAAGAUCUCUGCUCUCAGUAUGAUCUGACGGUACGCAGCUCCACCGGUGACAUCAUCCAGUUCAUCUACGGAGGAGACGGACUCGACCCCACGGACAUGGAGGGAAAAGACGAACCGCUGGAGUUUAAAAGAGUCCUCGACAACGUCCGAGCGGUGUACACCUGUCAAAGUGAGCCGGCACUGAGCAGAAAUGAGCUGGUGUUGACCUCAGACUCCAUCAUGAAGAGAAGAGACUUCUUGUGUUGUAAAGACACGUUUUUAGAGGCUUUGACAGACACAGGCACUGAGAAAUAUAUUCAGGAAAUAAGAAAGUUCAUCAAAACGGUUUCAGAGAAAAUCAAAAAGACACGAGACAAGUACGGCAUCAAUGACAACGGCACGACCGAGCCCAAAGUUCUGUAUCAGUUGGACCGGAUUACACCCACACAGCUGGAGAAGUUUCUGGAGACCUGCAGAGAUAAAUAUAUGAGGGCACAGAUGGAGCCGGGUUCUGCUGUCGGGGCGUUGUGCGCUCAGAGCAUCGGAGAGCCGGGCACACAGAUGACCCUUAAAACCUUUCACUUUGCUGGUGUGGCAUCCAUGAACAUCACACUGGGUGUCCCGCGAAUUAAAGAGAUCAUCAACGCGUCCAAAAACAUCAGCACACCCAUAAUAAGUGCCAACUUGGACAUUGAUGAUGAUCCUGACUAUGCGCGGCUGGUGAAAGGGCGAAUCGAGAAAACUCUUCUGGGAGAGAUCUCAGAAUACAUUGAGGAGGUUUUUCUACCCGAUGAUUGUUUUAUUCUGGUCAAGCUGUCAUUGGAGAGAAUUCGUCUUCUCAGAUUGGAGGUGAACGCAGAGACCGUACGUUACUCCAUCUGCACGUCUAAGCUGCGGGUGAAGCCGGGCGAUAUCGCCGUCCAUGGCGAGGCUGUCGUCUGUGUGUCUCCACGAGAAAACAGCAAGAGCUCGAUGUAUUACGUCCUGCAGUCACUGAAACAGGAUCUUCCUAAAGUGGUAGUUCAGGGAAUCCCUGAAGUGGCGCGAGCCGUCAUUCAUAUCGACGAACAGAGCGGUAAGCAGAAGUUCAAGCUGUUGGUGGAGGGUGAUAACCUCAGAGCUGUCAUGGCAACACACGGCGUCAACGGCAACAAAACAACAUCCAACAACACGUAUGAGGUCGAGAAGACAUUAGGCAUCGAAGCAGCGAGAUCCACCAUCAUUAAUGAGAUCCAGUAUACCAUGGUAAAUCACGGUAUGAGCAUCGAUCGCAGGCACGUCAUGCUCCUGGCUGAUCUCAUGUCUUAUAAGGGUGAGAUUUUAGGCAUCACCCGAUUUGGCCUGGCGAAGAUGAAGGAGAGCGUUCUGAUGCUGGCGUCAUUUGAAAAGACAGCCGAUCAUCUGUUCGACGCAGCGUAUUUCGGCCAGAAAGACUCUGUGUGCGGUGUUUCUGAGUGUAUUAUUAUGGGAAUCCCCAUGAAUAUUGGCACAGGACUUUUUAAACUUUUACACAGUGCUACCAAGGAGCCGAAUCCUCCCCGUAGACCUUUGCUUUUUGACAAUCCUGAUUUUCAUGUAUCAUUGGGCUCAAUAACUCGCUCGCUACCUUCAUGAUGGGUCUGUAUUAUAGCAUGUAUUGAGUAUUAUGAGUUCUGACAUAUCACUUAUGUCACUUAUGUGCCUUUUUUGUGUUAUAUGAACAGUUUGCGGUUUAAAAGGAGUGUCAGCAGUAGUUUUUUCCAAUUUCAGAUAAUGAAUGGAAAGGCGGGUCCAAAAUAAUUGUCAUGGUUUAUAUCAAUCUUUCGAGAUGAUAAAAGUUUUUUCAUAGUCUUAGGCGCAGGUUUGGUGUUUGGUCCCUACAAACAUUUCGCUGAUAUUUUCUCCUCUGAGAUAAGAUUUGCUCAUUGGCUGUAAAAUGAAUUACAUGAAGCGCUUACAGUUUUCUAAGAUUUCAUUUUCAUCUGACCGGAUGGGGUCAAAUCUAUCAUUAAUUUAUGUGGUGGUUUUUGAGUUUGACAAUUUAUUUUAUGUAAAUAUGUAUCAGGUGUGAAUAAAAUCUGCAUUGACAACAUUC